AGGUACCUCUCGUAAGUGCAGCGCAUUCAGAGCCCGGACUGCCAUGUGAUUAGCAUGCAGGCCCGAGGGCGCAGGGGCCUCGAUGAGGGCAUCCAUGCGCGAAAUCGGCGCCGGGUCGAAAAGUCCGGCAUUCAUAGGGGACUGCUGCCAUCAACCAACCCAAAGCUAGACUUAGCCAUCUUCUCCCGCGAGAAAGUUAUGCUGCGAGAGCGGGAACAAGCCUACUUCCGAGCGAUGCUGCUGCGCGAGCCCGGUCCGCGCCCACGGGGAGUAUCGCGGUCCCCGUACCAGGCGCCGGCCACCCGGGGCCGGCGGCGGAAAGGAACGCCCAGUGCCGCGGCGCCUGUGCCCGCGCCGGCGGUCCAGUUGAAGCGACGACCGCGAACGGCAGAGCCGACGAAGUCUCGCCCGGCGCGAGCCUGUUUGCCGCCGCCGGUCCCGUUGAGGCGACGGCCGCGAACGGCCGAACCGACCAAGUCUCGCGCGGCGCAGGCCUGUUAUGAUUUGAAUCGACCAAGCGUCGUCCCCGCAGGCCCACCAGUGCUGAGCGGGAUCCGUUUUGCGCGCCCAAUCUGCUCGAGGAAGCGACCAAGCGCCAAGCACACACAGAGGCCGAGGCGGUGCUGCAGAGGCGCCACUGCGUGGGGUCGCGGCCCAGGUCCGCCCCCAGUAGUGCCGGCGCCAAGGACCGGCCGGCCUGGCGGCCUGGUGGUGGUACGACCAGAGGAGCGCCGGUCCGGAAGGCUGCAGCGUGGGUCGGGCCCCGGAACACGGCCACCUCGGCCGAGAUCUUGGCGAGACUGAAAGGCCCCGACCCGGUGCAGCGCGCAGUCGACAGGACGAUGCUUCCUGACCCGUGCCAUUGCGCCGCCGGCGUCGAGACGAUUGGCGACGAGAUCGUGGCAGCGCGGCAGCGCGUCCGCGGUGUGCCGGCGGCGUUGCCGCGCAGCGCAACAAGUGUCGAGGUACGGUGGUGCGAACAGGCGCCCCGGGCCAAGGGAGCAGCGUCAGUCCACAGAGGAGCCGUCCGAUGGGCGGGAGUGGUCGAGGCCCUGCGACGCGAGGCGCCCCGCGCGCCCACGCUUCGAGUCCUCACGUUCGACUUUUCCAUGGAGUUCCGCGGGGACGCUCCGGCGACGGCGACCAAGGGUGACGCUGGCAGUGUGUGCUGUGAGGUGGUCGACCUGGCAGCGACCCCCGACGAUAUAUUUGCGCUCGCCAUUGUAAUCGAGCCCGCCGGGUGCCGGUCGCAGGACCGGCUCGGGCGAGUCUGGACCUCUGUUCGCCACGACGCCGAUGAGGCAGCGUUAGCGGUGGGUACGUUCGACGCGGCGGAUAAUCGGGCAUGCGGCGUAUUGUGUGGCGUGCUCUUUCGCGGCCGCGGACCGGGUGACGUGGCCUGGUCCUACAAGCUGGUCUUCGAGCCGCUGCCGGGGCAGACAAUCAUUGAUCGGCUCCCAAGUGUCAGCCAGGCUCUCGCAGAGGCGGGGGUCCAGCCGUACACCGUAGUUCACGUGCACCACUGCGUCGACUGCGCGCGACACGCCACAACGACGAAGCAUGUCCCCGGCAGCUACGAGAGGCGCUUCCGAGAAGUCGCGCGCGCCGUCGAGGCCAGCGCACAAAUCAAGCUUCACGGUUUUCAGAUGGCUGUGUCUUCACAUCGUCUCUCUACUGCCGUACGUCCAUCCACGUAUCCGACUCACUGGUUGAUUUACAUGCAGGUCGAAGCAUCGCUGCCACACGCGAUCGUCGUGGCGAACCACACGCCGCCGACGCUGGGCGCGUUCGAGGUGCAGGGCCUGGAGUAUCGCGCUGCCCAGGCGAUCCGGUGCUGCUCCAAGCACGGGAGCGCAGCGUUCCCGCGCGCGAACGACGUCGCCGCCCGCCUCGUCGCCGCUGCAGCACCGCCGCGUUUCCGUGCGCCCCUUGCUGGAGAGUCCCGCAGCCUGGUCGUGCGGUGCCUCGAAGGUGUCGACUCCGCUUCAAAAGCCUGUCACGGUGGCGUCCUUAUCGUCCUGUUCCGCGCGACGCUCGGUGGCUGCUGCGUGUACGGACGGAGCAAUGCCAAGCCGGCGGAUGCGGCCUCGGUCUUCUGCCAGGCCCGGUCGACCGCGCAGCUCGCGCGCGCAGCGCCGGGCUACGACGCAGUGGAUGCCUGGGGCUGCUUCGACGUCGCGCGUUGGCUGCGCGCCCACGGGCUGGGCGCCAGCGACGUCGGCCCCUUCAUGACACGCGCGCGGAUCGAACGAGGUCCAGACCUUUUGCGGCUCGACGACGACGUGCUCGUUCGUGUCGGCCUCGCUUCCAAGCUCCGGCGCCGCGCCAUGCUCGCGAGCCUCGACCAGUUCCGCGACCGCCCGACCGAGGACCAGCGGGUCGAUCUCGAGCCGCCCGUGUCCGCCGUCGACGCAUCGGCACCGGCCGCGUGGGAACGCGUCGCCGUGACCACGACUGAUGAUGAGGGCGUUGCUGUCUUUGCGGUCGCCGACGAGGGAACGUUUGUCGCUGCACACGCAACCGACGUCGGAGGCGCGAAAUCGUCGGGCGCGUCGCGGCUCGCGGCGACGUACUACGAGGCCAGCAGUCCCGCCGUCCGCGUCGACGACGACAGCACCGGGCCUGUCGACCUCACACUGUGCCUCGAGCCCAAGCUCCACACGCUCUGCGUGCGUCUCGAAGCGGGCGACGGCGCGGACGCGUGCGCUGCGGAGGGAAAUCUUGGGGGCAUCCCGAUCAUCCUGGUGACACGCCGGCGGCGGACGCGGUACGUUGUGAAGACGGGCCAGGACGGCGUCGCCGAGUUUCGAAUCCCGACGGACGACUACGUACUGACCGCAGGCAUGGUUCCCGUUCGCGCGUGCGGCGACCAUGUCACGACCUUGGAGGUGGACCUCGCCCUUGCGCGCCGCAUCGGCAUGAAUUACUUCCGGGGGGCGUGCCGGCGGAUGCAGGCAGCCGCCCGGCGCGCCGUCAGGCGACGCCGCCUCCGGCGCCGUGUCGACUGGGGGCGUGCGGUCAUCAAGAUUCUUGUCGCGAGGUGGGUCAAGCGCUAUCGGAGAAACAGGGCGCACGCCAUCCGCGGCCAAACCAUCGUCCGCGGCUUCCUCCAGCGCGUGCGCCUCGCGAACCUCCGGCGCGCGGCCGUCCGGGUCCAAUCGCUCCACCGGCAGAUUGUGGCGAAGCGUGUCGUCGCGGCGCGGCGCGUGGAGAGGAACCGCGUCGCGGCGCUGCGCAUCCAGACCGUUGCGCGCGGCGCCCUGCGGCGCGCGCGCCUCGCGACCCGUCACCGCGCCGCCGCCCGGGUCCAGGCGUUCCGUCGGGGGAUUGCGGCGAGGAGCGUCGUCGCCGCGCGGAUCAAGGCGAUCCGGCGCGCCCGUGAGGCCCGACUUUACACGUUCGCCGCAGCGAGGUCGGCGAGCGCGCUCGCCGCGGCGCGCGCCGCCGCCGCCGAGACGUGGCUCUGCCGACAGCGCGACGUACCUGCGCCGGCCCCGGCCCCGGCCCCAGCGCCAGCCGCCUCUUCGGCGGCCGCCGAGGCUCCGGCGCCGUCUCCUUUCGCCGAUUUGGAAGUAAUAUGUAUAAACCCGUCGUAG